UGUGUUUGCAUUGGAAUUUAAAAAAAAGAAAGAAAGUGAUGAUUCUCAUUUUCGGGAGCUCCUGAACCUUUUUCAUUUUGUAAGCUCUCGUCAGCUUUUUGUGUUCUGGGAUUUAUAAGAUUGUCCAAAAUCCGUGUAGCUUAGACCCCACCAGGGAGCAAUGUCUAAACACAACUGCGAUCUUGUCAUCCUUAUAGCCCACCAUUUGGUGUCGAUUUUCCACUUUAGUCCUUUCUACUGGUGAAAAUGCAUACUGCUUUGUAGCUAGAACCCACAAAAGAUGGCACAACUUUUUAGGAACAGAAAAGGAAAAAGAAAGACAACGUUGAAAAAUGAUCACCUCCACCGAAAAGAACACUAGCCAUUUCUACCCAUAUCUUUUCAAUAUCAAAUACUCGAGUGGAAACCUUGAAAUACUUUGCUUCAUAUUUUAUGUUUGAAUCUCUCAAACUGUUCCAAAACCCUCACCAAUGUCACUCACCUCCAGUGCUUGGAUCUUCAUGAACAUCCUGCUCUUGCUCCCAUUAGUUUCCCCAGUCUCUGCCGCUUCCCACGCCAUCCCAAUUAAUGGUACAUGUCAUGACACAUGCGGCACUAUCACCAUAAAGUUCCCAUUCGGCACCGGUUUUGGAUGCGGGCAUCCUGACUUUGCCAGGUACAUAAAAUGCAGCUCCGGGACACUCCAGUUCUCUACUGGCACUGGCAUUUACACUAUUUCCUCCAUCGACUACCCGAGCAGCACCAUAUUUGUUACAGACCCCCUUAUGUCAACUUGUUCUUCAAUGCAAAACUCUGGGAGCUUCAGCUUAGAUAGGGCAAGCCCCUUCACUAUAACUGAAGAUGAUAUCUUUGUUUUGCUCGGUUGCUCUACAACCUCUCCUGUGUUUGAUCUUGAUGAAGAGCUUUGUGAUACUGGCUCAGGUUCUCGUAUCUGUAGAGGGCUGUAUUCUUGCAAGGGAGUGACAGGCAUUGGACUGCCACAAAAUGCGCCCAUUUCCACAUGUUGUGUUUAUGACUCUCCGAGCGGCCUUGGGUCAGGUUAUGCUUUGGACCUUCCUAAGCUCCAGUGUUCAUCAUAUACAUCAAUAUCUGGGUUUGGGGAUGAUGCUGGGGAUCCGAUGCAAUGGAAAUUUGGAAUCUCUUUGCAAUAUAAUGAUUCGUAUUCUACUGAUAAGUGUAAGGAUUGUGAAGCAAGUGGGGGUUUGUGCGGUUUUGCUGGCUUGGACCAGUCAUUUGCCUGUAUUUGUAGAAAUGGGGUGAACAGCAGCAACAACUGCCUCGGACGAGGGUUUGCUUGGAGCGGGACAGUGGGACUAAAAACUCAAAUGAAGAUGGUUCUUGGAGGAUUUUGGUUCUUGUGGAUGUUGCUAUUGCUUUGAAGCUGUUGGGAUACCUCAAAAACUUUUGGGAUUCAAAGUGCCAAUGAAGGGCUUAUUGGAAAAGCUUGUGAUCUCACAAUCUUGGUGAAAGCAGUGACAUAGUUUCCAUGUGGAAUUCAUACAAUCCUCAAGAAAUUGUUCGCAAAGAUCUCAACACUUUGAGCCUAGCUAUAUUGCGACUUCAAUGAUUUUAUGAACCUUUUUAAGAAGAGCAUUGAGAUAAUUUGUUAUGGAUGGCAGCUGUUAAUUAUUUAAUUUAAACGUUA